UUGUCGACCCACCCCACCCCCACCUCCACCACCUCGAAAGUCAGCGACCCCGGCCUCACUGAAAAAUGAGCCUGCUGUGUCCACUCAAGACCAGAAAGUUGCCGCGGUUUUGGAAAUUAACGCGGAACUGUUGAAAGCCUGCGUUGACUUUCAGGCGUUUAAUUUGAUAAGUCGACCGGAAUUCCAAGAGUGAGUUUGUUGGUCCUUCGCUUCCUGACUCAGAAUCCGGGCUGCUGACCUGACUACUGGCUUUAUCGGCUCAGCUAUACCGGUCGUCUUCAGGCUAAUCUGUUAUGGAUCGCAGCACAAGUAGAGUCAUCCCCUACGGUGCGUGAUGUCCGACCUUCAGUCCAUUCCAAUCCCUCCCCUCUCCGCCCCUUCCCCCGUCCUUCCUCUCUUCCUUCAAGCCCAUCAAUCUGCUCCUCAACUCCCCCCUCCUCAGACAACUGCUAGUGGCGUGAUGAAGUUAGUGAUGACGUAUGAUCAUUUGAGAGGCAUCAUAGAAAAGGAAGGACCGCGGUUACCACUCCCGCCGCCUCUAAUAAAUGGGCCAGUGGUGAACGGGGUCGUACCCGGAGCGCAACCUCAACCUCAACCUCAACCUCAAUCGGUGGUUGGUGGUGUCAUGGUCAUGAACGGUGUGAACGGAUUGAAGAGAGAGCGAGACGAGGAACUCAUAGAAGACGGGAUUCGCCGACGGAAGCGACUCGAUACCGGAGAUCGUAAAAUCUCAUCGUCGCCUUCGAUAUCGCAAGAUCCUUCCGGAGGGAUCAAUGGUGCUACGUUCUCCGGGCAUCAUGGGCCGGCCAGUCAUCAUGGUGGCCCGGUGAUAGCGACAAGUUCGACGCCAGCAAUGACGGCAGAUAAUUCGCAUUCCCAACAACCCCCUCCGCACCUGACCCAUUCUCAACCUCAGCCCCCUUUCAACCCAAUGACAUCUCAAAUUUCCACUCAAGGACCUGGGCAAGUUCACGUUCAGAUGGGAGCCCCGAUGCGCCCAUCCCCCAUUCACACCACAUCCCAACUGAAUGCCCCCCAACAGUCCUCCCCACUUGGUGCCAUAUCGCCUACUGCCGGUCCCCAGCAACCCUCCCAUCCUUCUCAACUCCCAAAUAUCCGCACGUCGAUGCCUUUUUCGCAGCAAUCGCAUCACCCACAACAGCCACAUGGUGGCAUGAACCCCCAGGGACCACAGCAAAUCCCUAGUCAAGAUCCUGCAUCUCAGCAGCAGGCGAUACAACAGAUGCAGUUCAGGCGUCAGCAACAGGCGCUCAUAUAUCAGCAACAUCAAGCCCGUGCGGCAGCUGCCAAUGCUGCUGCAGGAGGCGGCGGUUUGCCUCCGCAGGCGAACGGCCUGCUCCCAGGUGCUCCUGGGGCACAACCCACCCAGGUUGGCCCUCCUCAGUCAGGAGCAGCCGUCACUGGCGCUGGCAUACCUGGUGCUGGUGGGAGUGUCGCCCCCAAUGCCAAUCCUACAUUCCGUUCACCACAAAACGCCUUCAGCCCUCAGCAACAGCAGGCAUUCAUCCACCAGGCGGUGCAAACGUUAAAGGCGAGUGGGAUUGGAAAUGGUCCGCUCGGUCCGACUGGUGCACCGACAAACACGUUGGGGACGACUCAUGCACCACAAAUGGUUGGGCCCGUUGUGCAACAUUUGCUCAAGUCGAGCCCUGGGUUCUUGCAACUACCGUUCGAGACUCAGGUGCAACAGCUUGCUACGCUUCAGAUGCACCUGGCACUACGAAACCGUCAGUCCCAAGCACACCAACACCAGCAACAGGCACAAGCACAACAAGCUGCUACGUCGUUAGUAGCUGGUGCAACGGCUGCUGGAGCUGGAGGUCCUCGACCUCCCAGUGCUGUCGGAUCUGCGUCAGGUACGAUGGCUUCCACUCCCACUUCCGCCCCUGCGCCUCCUUCUUCAAGUCAUGGUAUGUCUCCACCUCCACCCCCGCGUAGCGCGUCGGUCGUGCCCAAUGUUCCGGGCGUCGGGGGUGAUCCGAGAGCAAGCGGAAGCCCGCAGUCGGCGGUGGCGCCAAGUCCACGCCUUUCUCAGCCUCCCACUAACCAUUCUUCGGACCAGCAGCAGCAUGGGCAGGCCGGAGCUCCGGGCAGUCAGCCUCCAUUUGGAUACUCAAGUAGUCCGACAACGAUGAACUCGCCCGCCAGUGGUCCAAGUGGCAUGCGGCCCAGUAGUAGUGCAUCGAACCGGAACGUAUCUGCCUCGCAUUACUCGAUGCCUGCUCAGCAACUGUUGCCUGGGCAGCAGGGACAGCAAAGCCUUCAACAACCAGGCCCCCAGCAUGGGCCUCAAGUCCCUCAAACCCCUCAACAGCAGCAUCAACAGCAUCACCAUCCUUCGCAGCAGCAACAGCAACAGCAACCUGUUCAAUCGCAACAACCACAACAAUCACAGCAGGAUCAACCCCGUCAGGGACUGGUACAACCGCCUCCCGGUAGUGGGCCUGCACAAGCGCUUCAGAAUGGCGUGUACCCGAAUAUUACACCGCAACAGAAGUACCAGAUGGGUCUACUGCAGCACAUGCGGCAAGGUAUGGGCCCUGGACCUGCUGCGAUUGCUGGGGGGACGGGCAUGGGACCUGGCGGUUACGCUGCCACCCAGCAGGGAUACGCGCCGAUAGAUAAGAUGCGCGCAGUGAAUCAUCUGCCAAUGAUGGCAGGGAUGUCGAUGGGUGGUGCUACUGGUUCCGGUCAUAGUGGUAACACCGGCAUAGAUCCCAAUUCCAUGAUGGGAGGACAUCAAACGGGUGUUGCUAGACCGCCAUCCGUGCACCCAGGCGCUGCAGCAGGGGCUCGAAAUUCGCCCGCGCUCAAUCCUCAGCAACUACUUGCGCAACAGCAACACAAUCACUUUCGUUGAUGCAGCAGCACCAGCAGGUGCAGCAUCAUCAGCAACAACAACAGCGUAUAAAUUCUACUCAGGGAUCACCUAGCCAGCCGCAAUUCU